ACACAGCCCGGCCCAGAUGUUACAAGCGAAGUCAGAAUGGAACACCGCCAUAUCUCCACCAUUAGACCGGCUUAAACGCCCCCGCGGUGGUCUUCCUCCCCGACGCAAGCAGACGAGCCCACGGCCGCCGACGCCGCCCGCCGCCGGACUUCGCCGGAAUUUCGCCAUUCUGAUAUAAAUUAGUGCAUUGCAUCAGAAAAAUGGUUGUGGGGUUAAUAAAUGCUAACCCUGUAGUUUAUGAGAAAAAAGAGAGGCGUUCUCGGCAGGCACCAGAAACCACAGAUGAAAAUGCGGCAGAGGCUAUUGACCAGCUAGAAAUAUUUGAUCAUAUUAGAGACAUAAAGGAUCCAGAGCACCCAUACUCACUCGAAGAGCUUAAUGUUGUAACUGAGGAUUCAGUUGAAAUCAAUGAUGAACUUAGUCAUGUCAGGGUUACUUUUACCCCAACAGUGGAGCGUUGCAGUAUGGCGACCGUCAUUGGACUUUGCCUGCGUGUGAAACUUAUGCGGAGUCUUCCCCCUCGAUACAAGGUGGACAUAAGGGUGGCGCCUGGAUCACAUGCAACUGAAACUGCAGUGAACAAGCAACUGAACGACAAAGAACGUGUUGCAGCUGCUCUGGAAAAUCCAAACCUUCUGGACAUUGUUGAGGAGUGCUUGUCACCAACGUUUGCUUGAGACCUGAAUACAAGUAUACAACUGGGAGCCUGUGUGUUGAAAUGUUUCAAAACUACACUGAAUUACCCUACGACGUGUAGCAUGACCUUGUCAUUUGAGAUACCUUAUGUGGUGCAGGGCGUGUGCAUGAAUUUUGAUGGUCUGUACCUUUCUAUAAGGAUACUACUGCUCUACCGUUUCAUACCUUUUUUCUUUUUAUGGCCUGUGACCUGCCAGAGCAUAAUUGAAACGAUAUAAGGAAAUACUCGUAUAUGAAGUAUAUUGCGCUGUAGGCUUUUUACCUCUCGAAUAUGAAGUACUGUCUGGAUGUCAAUAUCCAUGAAAAGAAACUGAAGGAUAUUCCAUGAUUUUAUGCCAUCUCUGUAAUUA